CAGUCGCUCCGUGGGACCGCCGGGACUCAACGUGGGCAGCGCCGCCCCCACAGCGCCCCCCAAACCGUCCCGAGUUGGGUCCUUCGGGGGGGCGGAAAACCCCUCUGGGUGGAAAACUCCCUUUUUUUUGGGGGGGGGGGGUAGAAAAGAUCUUUGUGGGGUGGAAGUCUUAACUUUUUGGAGCGGAAAAGCACCUUUUUUCGGGUGGAAAGCAGACGUUUUCCCCACUGACAGCAGUGGGGCUCCGACCGCCGCGAGUCUCAGCUCAGAGACCACCGGAGCCCCCCGAGGAGCCCCGGAGACCACCGGAGAAACUCAACAGAGACCAACAGAACCCACCAGAGGACCCCAAGCGGCAGCAGAGCUCACCGAGGAACACAGAAGGCCUCCAAAGACCACCAAAACCCAACAAAGACCACCAAAACCCACCGAAGAGCCCCAAAAGGCCACCAUCAAAACCCACCAGAGACCUCCGAAGAUCACCAAAACUCACUGAACAUCCCCAGAGACCACCGAACGCCCCUAAAGACCGCCAAAACCCAACGAAGACCCCCAAAGACCAGCAGAACCCACCAAAGACCACCCAGAACCCAACGAAGACCGCCAAAGGCCACCAAAACCCAACAAAGACCUUCAAGGAACCCCAAAGACCACCAAAAACCCAACGAAGACCCCUAAAGACCACCAAAACUCAACAAAGACCUCCAAGGAACCCCAAAGACUCCCAAGAACCCACCAAAGACCCCCAAAGACCACCAAGAACCCAAAGAAGACCCCCAAAGGCCGCCAGAACCCAACAAAGACCUCCAAGGAACCCCAAAGACCACCAAAACCCAACGAAGAUCCCCAAAGACCACCAAAAACCCACCGAAAGCCAACAAAGACCCCCGGAACCCACCGAAGACCCCCGGAACCCACCGAAGACCCCCUCCAGAGCCCCCCCGGCCCAUGGCCGGGCGCUGACGGCGGCGCCAUGUUCAGCUGGAUGCGGAGGCACGAGAAGAAGAGCCCCGAGGUGGUGCGCACCGUCACCGCGGGGCUGAAGGAGCUCUACAAGAAGAAGCUGCUCCCGGUGGAGGAGUUCUACCGCUUCCACGACUUCCAUUCGCCGGCGUUGGAGGACGCCGACUUCGACAACAAGCCCAUGGUGUUGGUGGCCGGGCAGUACUCCACCGGGAAGACCACCUUCAUCCGCUACCUGCUGGAGGAGGACAUCCCCGGCGCCCGCGUCGGCCCCGAGCCCACCACCGACUCCUUCGUGGCCAUCAUGCACGGCGACGCCGCCGGCAUCACGCCGGGCAACGCGCUCAUCGUCGACCCCAACAAACCCUUCCGCAAGCUCAACCCCUUCGGGAACACUUUCCUUAACCGGUUCAUGUGCGCCCACCUCCCCAACCAGGUGCUGGAGAGCAUCAGCCUCAUCGACACCCCCGGCAUUCUGUCCGGGGCCAAACAGCGCGUCUGCCGCGGCUACGACUUCCCGGCCGUGCUGCAGUGGUUUGCGGAGCGCGUGGACCUCAUCAUCCUCCUCUUCGACGCCCACAAACUGGAGAUCUCCGAUGAGUUCUCCGAGGCCAUCCGGGCGCUGCGGGGCAACGAGGACAAAGUGCGCGUGGUGCUGAACAAAGCCGACAUGGUGGAGACGCAGCAGCUGAUGCGGGUCUACGGGGCGCUGAUGUGGUCCCUGGGGAAGGUGUUCAACACCCCCGAGGUGCUGCGGGUCUUCAUCGGCUCCUUCUGGUCGGAGCCGCUGCUCAUCGCCGACAACCGGCGGCUCUUCGAGCUGGAGGAGCAGGAUCUGUUCCAGGAGAUCCAGAACCUGCCCCGCAAUUCCGCCCUCCGGAAGCUCAACGACCUCGUCAAGAGGGCUCGGCUGGUGAGGGUGCACGCACACAUCCUGAGCCGCCUGAAGAAGGAGAUGCCGGCGGUGUUCGGGAAGGGGCACAAGAAGAAGCAGCUCAUUGCUCAGCUGCCGCUGCUCUUCGCGCGCAUUCAGAUGGAGCAGCACAUCCCGCCCGGAGACUUCCCCGACUGCGCGCGCAUGCAGGAGCAGCUCCUGGCUCAGGACCUGACGCGCUUCCCGGCGCUGAAGCCGCGGCUGCUGGAGGCGCUGGAGGAGCUGCUGACGCGGGACAUCGCCGCGCUGAUGCCGCUGCUGCGCCGCGAGGAGGGCGAGGCGGCGCCGGGCGUGCAGGGAGGGGCGUUCGAGGGCGCCCGGCGCGGCCCCUUCGUGGAGGGGGCGGAGGAGGCCGAGGAGGAGGAGGGGGAGGGCGGCGAGGACGAGUGGGUGGUGACGAAGGACAAGGCCAAGUACGACGAGAUCUUCUACGGGCUGUGCCCGCUGGGGGGGAAGCUGAGCGGGCGGCAGGCGCGGGGCUGGAUGGUGGGCAGCAAACUGCCGCGCUCCGUGCUCGGCCGCAUCUGGCAGCUGAGCGACGUGGACCGCGACGGGAUGCUGGACGCCGAGGAGUUCGCGCUGGCCGGGCAUCUGAUCGGCGCCAAGCUGGAGGGCCGGGGGCUGCCCAGCGACCUCCCGCCGCGCCUCGUGCCGCCCUCCAAGCGGCGCCAGAAGGGCUCGGCAGAGUGAGGCGGAAUAAAGGCACGGAGCGCA